UCUAAGAGCGUGAAAAAUAAUGAUACUGUGUGCACUGUAUAUUUAUUUAUCCUGACAUACAGAACAGUGCUCAGGUGGCAGCUAACGGAAACGGAAGCGGAAAUUACUCUUAGUUUCGGGGCGUCUCAGUUUCCCGUCGCUCCCGACUUACAUCCAGUUUAUCCGUCCACCUUCUCGAAGCAUUGUAGGUAACACACCUGGUACCAUGACCCAGUCAAUGAUACGUAGAACCCUGAAGAAUCUUGUUCAGAAUUUCUCUGAGGCUGAAGUGAAGGUGAGAGAGGCGACCUCUAAUGACCCCUGGGGGCCAUCCAGCUCGCAGAUGGCAGAUAUCUCAGACUUGACCUACAACGUGGUGGCGUGCAACGAAAUAAUGGGAAUGUUGUGGAAGCGCCUGAACGAUGACAAGAACUGGAGGCAUGUAUACAAGUCUUUAACGCUACUAGAGUAUCUCCUGAAAACUGGUUCUGACCGCAUUCCAAAGCAGAGUCAGGAAAAUAUUCAUAUUAUUAAACCUCUGAUAGAGUAUCGCUUCACGGACAAGGACGGGAAAGACCAGGGUGUGAAUGUCAGGGAGAAAGCCAAGAUAGUGAUGUUACUUAUACGUGAUGAAGAGAAACGUAAAGAAGAGAGGGAGUUUGCCAUGAAGACUAAGGACAAACUGGCAACUGCCUCCUUAGAGACCAGUAACAAAGCAAAGACAGAGAUUCCUCCAUAUACGGGGCUGCCAUCCUUGGACAACAUUCCCUCGGUGGCAGAUCUGACAGCCAGCAUGGCAAAGAAAAAGGAAGAGAAGAGGAUACUUGAGGAAAAGAAGAAAGAAGAAGAGAGACGUGCAAAGGAAGGCAAUGCAGAGCCUGAUCUGUGGGAACAAGCUGCAACAGUGGCACCUCCUUCGACCUCGGAUCCCUGGGGAACUCCAUCUGAUGCUCCAAAAGCCGUGGGUCCUGCAAUGAACGACCCGUGGGGCACACCAACAAAUGACUCCCGAGAUUCAAAUAUGGGUUCCAACGAUCCUUGGGGUGAGUCAGCGAAUGAAGUGAAAGACACUGCUGUUGCUUCCAACGAUCCAUGGGGUGGUUUACCAGAUGAGAAGACAUCACCACCUCCCAAAAACUGUCCAUGGGGUGACUCCGCAGUCCCAACAGAAGACAAAGUUCCAGCUACUAAUGACCCCUGGGGCACGUCAAAUGAUUUGGUAGCAAAUUCACAGCCGACAAAGACGGAUCCUUGGGGUGCACCAGUCGAGUCUGCUCCUGCAACGUCAGACCCCUGGGAGACACCGUCGGAGACACCUCUGGCUAAGUCAGAUCCAUGGGGUGGGGAUAAUGGAACUUCAGUAGUGUCACCCAUUGAUCCAUUUAGUGAUGGGCCCAAAGCUGAUAAUGACCCAUGGGACACAUUAGCUUCUUCAACACUUCCAAUGAAUGAUCCCUGGGGUGCUCCAGCAACUUCCACUAAUGCAUCAGUAAAAGCUGACCCCUUUGGUGAUGGAGGAACCUCAGAUGCUUGGGGGGCUGCUGCAGAGAGUGAUGUAUCCUCAUCUGUGCCCAGUGAAGACUCCAAAAACCCAUCUAGUUUUUUGGGGGAAGGAGCCUCAUUGGUGGAUCUCGACUCUCUCAUGUAGAGAGGGAAUUAAAUUACUCAAGUGGACUGUUUUUUGAUUAGAUCAUGUUUUGUGGAUAGAUGUUGUCACUGUAGGUGUAACUGUCCUCCUUUCCCCUCCGUUUCCAGCCCUCCCAUUUCUCUGCUUUCUGUUUCCAUUUGUUUCUCAUGUUGCUUCCUGCUUGCUCUUUUUGCUUUGUACCAAACCAGCAUCCCACAGUUGCAUCAUAUCAAAUGGCCACGUCUGGGUAUUUUUACAUUUUCCAUCCAGCAUGAUGUAUGUUUGUUUUAUUUACUUACCCCAUGAUGGUUUGAUCUUCUCUUGCUCGCUUAAACUCACCAGUAGCACCUCCAACCCAUGUUCUUUAGCUUGGUCCUACCUAAAAAGGAUGUACAGAAUGGUAGAACCCAGCACUAUGGGACGUCUUAAUCAGAAUCAAGUUUGUUGCCAAGUACUUUCUUGUAUACAGGGAAUUUGCUUUGGUGAUUGGUGCUUGAACAGUUAAAAUAAAAGAAUUUAGCAAAGAUGAAAAGUAUAUACAUAGAAUAAGAAAUGAAAGAAUCUGAAAUAUACAAAUUUGAAAAGUGUACAUAUUUAAGGGGUAUGUGCAUGAGUUGUUGGAGUCCAAGCUGUACAGUAUGUCCGGAAUGUACAAAAAUAGGUCACAUGAUGAUGAAGCUGGAGAAGAGAUAUGAGUGCGUGAAAGGAAGAGAAUGUGUGUAGUGGGCUAAGUCAAUAACGAGCUGUACGGUGUGAGCUGGAAUGUACAAUCAAGGUUCACAGAAUGGAGAUGUAGGACAUGACCUUGAAAUGUGCAGAAAUGCAGUUCAGAGACAAAGUGCAUUAAUGUCACAGAUUAGAAGUGUGAGAUUAGUGAGUGAGGGUCUCUGGCCUUAUUGAUGAGGCAGGUGCAGUGGGCAAAAAGCUGGCCUUAUGGUGUGAGGUUUUGGUUCUAAUGGACUGCAGCCUCCUACCAGAGAGGAGUGGUUUGAAAAGUUUGUGUCCGAAGUGAAAGGGGUCAGCCACAAUCCUUUCUGCUCUCCUCAGGGUCCUGGACUCGUCCAGGUCCGGAAGAGAGCUUAUCCUGCAGAAGAGCUGGGAUGAUGGUAUUGAAGGCGGAACUGAAAUCCACAAACGGAAUCCUAGUGUAGGUUCCUGGGGAGUCCAGGUGCUGGAGGAUGAAGUGAAGAGCCAUGUCAACAGCAUCGUCAGCAGAUCUGUUGGAUCUGUCAGCAAACUGCAUGGGGUCCAGGAGCGGGUCAGUGAUAGCUUUGAGGUGGUAAAGCGGAAGGCACUCGAAGGAUUUCAUAACCACAGAAGUCAGGGGUGAUGGGUCUGUAGUCAUUUAAUCCUGUGAUCCUUGGCUUUUUGGGGACAGGGAUAAUGGUGGAGGCCUUGAAGCAGGCUGCCACAUGGCAUAUCUUUAGUGAGGUGUUGAUGUCUGUGAACACCAGAGACAGCUGAUCAGCACAGUGCUUCAGGGUAAAUGCUGAGACUGAGGCUACAUCCACACGACAACGGCAACGAGAUGUUAUUUAAAAAUAUAUCGCGUCCCAAUGUAAAAUAUCAGGUCCAUAUGGCAACGCAACACUUGCUGAAAACGAUGCAAUACACAUGCCACACCUCUAGGGGCGCUGUAAGACGGUCCCUUCGGAGACACCAGAACAAUAGAAGUUACGACGCAUGCGCAUAAACUAUUAUGCGCGAGACUUCAUAUUAGCCACAAAGUCAGGAAAAUCUGUUUGUAAAAUUACAUUAUAAUGACCAAAUACAAUGAAAAGUAUUUUUCCAGUCUCACCUGUGAAAGGUAAUCCCAUGUGAUCUCGUUUGGACAGCAAACCUGUUGGUACAGUUAAACGCAGCUAAUCUUUAUUCUCCGCUUUGACCUCUCCAAAAUGGCGGCGAGGAUGACAUGAUUCUAUGCGGAAGGCGGCGUCUUUAAUGGUCCGGAAUAAAUUGAAUGAUACACGUUGAUGGAUUAAUUUUUUGUUUCUCACCUGUGAAAGGUAAUCCCAUAUGAUCUCGUUUGGACGGUAAACCUGUUGGUACAGUUAAACGCAGCACAUGAAUCUUUAUUCUCCGCUUUGACCUAUCCAAUAUGGCGACGAGGAUGACGUAUGAUUCUACGCGGAAGGCGGCGUCUUUAAUGGUCCGGAAUAAAUUGAAUGAUACACGUUGAUGGAUUAAUUUCUUCUACGCCCUUUUUGAGGAAUGUAUUGUAGAACUUAACCCACAUCUGAAGAGGUGAGAUCGCUCCUUUUUUUUUUUCCCUAUUUUUGCUGGCGGGAUUGACUCUGCCCUAAGGGCAGAGUCUCUCUCUCUCUCACUUUGCACCAUUACACAAUAAAUAUUCACAGUGAAAAUAUUUUGUAAGCGCGUUUCAUGAACCAAGUUAUAGGAUUUGUUGACAACUCGCAUCGAGUUCGUUACACUUCUACCCGGCGUGAAGCACUCACAGUCAUGUGGUUGUGACGUCAUCGUAAACAAAUCCGUUCUACUCAUCCAGACGACUUCGCAAUGGCAACGUUGCCAGAUCUUUCCACUCUGGAACCCGUUCUCAAAAAGAUUGCGUUUUGGGCACCCAAAACGCCAGUGCCGUGUGGACGCCAGGCCUAAACGAUAAGCAAUUGUAUCGGAGUCACCUGAAUCCGUUGCCGUGUGGACAGGGCCUGAGUCGGGACCUGCUGCUUUGUGGGGGUUCAGCUUUUUAAAGAGCUUGUUAACGUCUCUCUCCAGAAUGGAGAGAGUUGAGACUGUAGUGGAGGGUAGAUGGGCCUUCAAGGUGUGAAGUUGUAGAGAGGCCCUGGCAGCAGUAGAGGUGGAGGAGGUUGUUGGGGUGGUGGGCUGGAAUGGAGACAUGCCAGUGUUUCUCACCACUUGGAGCGUUCUUAAAGGAGGUAUGCAGAGCCUUUAUUUUUAAAUAAAUUUCUGAGUGGAUAGUAUCUCCAUCCUUGACUCUUGUAUGCUGCAUAAAUGGGAAUAAAAAUAUAUAUUUUUUUGAGAGUUAAAAUUGACCUCAAAGUUGGCAUUUGAGCUGCCCCGCUGAGCCAGCCAGCCCUGAGUGAGUGACAUCACUGCGGUAACCGGUUUUAAGGCCGACGCCUUUUACAGCUAUAGACCAAAGUCAUAUAAAUAAAAAUGUAUGGUGAAAGUAAGAAAUACCCGCCUAAGGGAGAGAUGGCAGUAAUAUCCAGUUUAGAAAUCAGACAGCUGCUCCACUCAUUCACUUUUCUCCAUACUGUGCAUUCCACCAUUACUGCUGGGCUCAGGCAAUUACUAAAACCCGUGACGGAAUGGGAUGUCACCCAUUUUGGCAACAAUUGCGGGGAGGUCACUGCCUGAGCGAUAUGUUCCGUCCCGGGUUUUAGCAACAACCCUCGGCUCACUCCAGGAGGACUGGCGCAGCUGAACUCACUUUCCUUUAAAAAAAUGAAUAAAAUACUUCCCUUUUCUUGUAGUUUUCUUUAAUUGUUGAUACUGCACCCUCUUUCAAUACAGGCUUAUAGCCAACGCUCCUCAACAGAUCAGAGGUCUCGUACAAGUCUUCAGUAAAAUGUACAGAGCAGAGGAGAGACCACUUUGUAGCCAGCCAAUGUGCCCAUGAACUUCUCGCAAAACAUAUCCAAAUCUUUGCAGUUUGAACAUUCUUGGGCCAUGAAUGCAAUGUAAAUCCAGCUUCUGUCAUGUUGCUGCACCAUCCAGCAACACAUCUACGUGGCAUGGUAAUAAAUUGGAUCAAAAUGGAGGCUCGGAGUUGCAGUCAGCUCUGUGUUUUAGUAUAGCGGAAAUGGCGAUGAGACUUCCUGCUGUGACGUUAUGGACGUCAAGGUCAUUCACUCAGACCGCUACCUAUAUAAAUCACUUUAAUCGUAAAAAUUACUAUAUUAGAUUUAUUGUUAACACUUAAAACUAUUCCUGUGCCAUUCUUGAGGUCUCAAGGCAUUUAUAAACGAAAGUGAGGCCAUGGCUCUGCGUAUAUGCUUUAAGGAGUCUCUAGUAGUUUGGGGGACUGGAACGGUGAACUCUCUGAGGGGAUUUUUUUGUUUGUUUUUUUUACAUUCCUCCAUAGACAUCUAUCUUUCACACAUUCACUUAGUAAAUGCUAGCUUAGAGCCUGCUGCCUGUGCAUGUCUGUGAUUACAUUUCAAAUUGAUCAGCAGAAAUAUGCUUUAUGUGAAGCUUCCCCCCCCCCCCCCUUCUCCCCCACAGUGGCAGCCUGGAAAUGAUUAACUUGGUUUAUUGUUGGUGUCUUUCUCAUCUAGUAUUCUGUUAUGACAUUGAUGACAUAUCUGACAAGUGCAAGUUGCGUGUAAAUAUUUUAUUUACAUGGAUAACCUUUUAGAAUUUAAUCAUUGUGCUUUUGAGCUCAUUGAAAACCAAAACGCCUGAAGCCAUGAAGCUGUUCCCUGAUUAUCUUUCACAUCAUGCUACUUUGCUGCCUACUCAAGAUUCACAGAUGAAAGCUCUCCUUCACCCCUCCCUCCCAGGCCAGUUUUGCUCUCUUGGGCUCUCGGCCAUGGAUGGCUGAAGCGUCAUCAGUAUUCAAACUCAUGAGUUCAGGAUGAUGGUGAGCGCCUUUCUGUUUCGCCAUUCAAGAGCCUUUUAAGAGUACUUUAUAAGUAGUUAAACUGUCUUAUUGAUAGCGCUGCAUUAGUAACAUUUGAAUAACUUUUUUCCUUAAUCUACCCAAUAUGCAUUUAAAUCCAAGAGAUUAUUUAUCUGUCUGUUCUUGUCUACUAGGUAGAAACAAGACACAUGGCUCGGGCUGCUUAAUGAGACCAGGUUUGUCAGGCAGUUUCCGGUCAACUAGCUUUUAUUUGUCAGUGACCUGAAUGACAGAUUAAGCUUAAAGGGGCCGGCUCACCCUUCCCAGAAUCCAAUGCAUUGUUUUUGUUUACAUACGGACCACUCCAUUUUGAAAGCACAUGACCACUACUCUGCUAACUUUCUUCAUGUGUGCUCACCUAGCUGAAUACUGAGCCUUUGCAAAAAAAAAAAACUUUUUUGCGAAUAAAAAGUACACAAUAUCUCUAUUUUCUUUCCUUCAUGGCUGUGCACGAGGCAGAAUCUGGCCCAUUACACCAAAAUAAUCAUACAAAACUUAUUGACAAAAUAUCUUCAAUUUCAUGCUAAAAUUAAUGAUCUAUGGCCUAUGGUGUCCCUGCAUUGUUGCAGAAUGUUUUGUUUUUCAAACAUAACAAUGGCAUUGAAAAUGGCAACUCAUGACUUUGUACAGAAGCUUCUGGGAAGGGCGAGUUUCUCCCUUUAAUUUCACAAUAAUUCAUCAACAUUUCCCCUGUUUUUUGUUACACAGGGUGCUUUGUAUCCCGUGUAGGUUGUCGGCCAAAGUACAACUUUCAGUUGACUCUAUGGCAGGUUAUUUAGUGCAGCUGUAGAGUAAAUGUGCCUAGUAAAGUAGUCGAUCUUUAAACCUGCACAUUCUGUGUUGUGAUGUUGGUCUGAUGUGUGAAUGAGCAACUCAAAUUCAGAUUUCAAGUAAGUAUUGAAUAUUGUACUUGAAUGUAAAAAGAAAAAAAUGUAUUUCGUCAUUGAGACAAACCUAUCCAUCAACUUUUAUUUAUUUAUUUAUUUAUUUAUUUAUUGUGAUUUUGUAACCUUCAAUAUUGCUCUUACCAUUAAUGCUGGACAUGCAGUAUAAUUUCACUUCACUAUUAAGAAAGGAAAUUGGAAUGAGUGCUGUUGUAAAUACAAGUUGUAUUUUGGACAGUAAAUUAAUAUAUUUAUUCUAUUGAGUGUUGUUUCUUGUGAAUGUGUAGAAUUAUAAUUGGAAGAAUUAAAUAAAGUUGAAGGUAUGAAU